AUGCAGUUCAAAAAUAGAUACCAGAUUUUAUUCUUUUUACUUCGGAAGUAAGUAGUGUUUUCCUUCUCUUUUUCAGCUAUUUGUAUCGUGAGAAUGGCAAGGAUUCGGAUUCCUAGCGCAAUUGUUAUACUUCUUGUUGCAGUUCAGACUGUGUUCUUACUCUUCAUGUGUGCCCGGUACAGUAACUUCAUGCCUCAGUCUGAGCAGAAACCAUCUCAAGUCCACAUCCUCAUUCUCUCCUCCUGGCGGUCAGGAUCUUCUUUUGUUGGUCAACUUUUCAGCCAGCACCCCAACGUCUUCUACCUGAUGGAACCUGCCUGGCACGUGUGGGUUACAAUGUACCAGAACAGUGCUAAAGUCUUGCACAUGGCGGUGCGGGACCUGGUCAGGUCGGUCUUUCUGUGUGACAUGUCUGUGUUUGAUGCUUACAUGCCUUGGAAAAGAAAUUUAUCUGAUCUUUUCCAGUGGGCAGUGAGUCGGGCUCUGUGUUCAGCUCCUGCUUGUGACUCCUUUCAACGUACUGACAUAACCAGUGAAAUGGCAUGCAAGACUCUUUGUGGACGGUACCCCUUCAGCAAGGUGGAGGAAGCCUGUAAAACUUACAGCCAUGUUGUCAUCAAAGAGGUUCGGUUCUUUGACUUGAAGGUCCUUUACCCUCUUCUCACUGAUCCAUCCCUGAAUCUCAAAAUUAUUCAUUUGGUUCGUGACCCCAGGGCAGUUGUCAAGUCACGGGAGCAAUCGGUUAAAGCAUUAGCUCGUGACAAUGGAAUUGUUUUGAGUACCAAUGGCACUAAAGUGGAGGACAGCAAAUACAAAGUAAUGCAAGAGAUAUGUAGAAGUCAUGUUCAGAUUUAUGAAACGGCUACUCUAAAACCACCUAAUUUCCUUAAAGAUCGCUACUUAAUGAUCCGGUUUGAAGAUCUGGUAAGAGAUCCAUUAUCAGAAAUCUCAGAAAUGUACAAAUUUGCAGAUCUUAAUUUGACCCCCACACUUAAAAGCUGGAUCUAUAAUAUCACACAUGGACAGGGACCAGGAAAAAAAAAAGAAGCCUUCAAAAUCACAUCUCGAGAUGCAAUUAGUGUUUCACAGGCCUGGAGAAAUGUUCUUUCCUUCCAGAAAAUUAAGAAAAUACAGGAAGUAUGCAAAGGUGCUAUAAACAUGCUUGGUUAUCAGCUGGUGGAUUCAGAAAAGGAGCAAAAAGAUCUGUCAUUGGAUUUAGUAUUGCCAAGACGACAAAAUCAAUUCAGUUGGUCAUCAUUUAAUCCAAAGCACUGAGACGUUAUUUUUGAGAGACCAGGGGACGCAUGGCGGGGGCGGGGAGGACUGAGUAUUUGCCUAUGGUGCAGGUAAUUUGAAAAACCUUGGCUGAUGAGUUUAACUAUUUUCCUGUCUGCUGUUUUUCCUAAAUGGAAGGAGUUUUCUUCUGAGUUUCUUACACUGCAAAACCAAACAAAAAACAUGAGAAAAGCUGUGAGAUACUUGUCGAGUUGCAAAUUUACAGCCGAGCUGUGUUGUUCUCAGCAUUCUUUUAAAAAUAUAAUGGAAGUAAUUUAAAAAA